AUGGGAACAACGACCUGUGCCGCAAAAAUCUCAACGACCGCUGUGCAUCCCCUGCCAUCUUCCUCCUCCUGUUCGACAAUCCCCCUUCCGUCGUCGACCAACCUCGAAUCACCUGCUGUGGCCCCCCCCCCCCCCAUAAGGCCUCGACCUCAGGACGACUUCUUGCAGAGCCCGGCCCAUCCUCACGUCCCGACCGUGUCCCGUAACGCCAUCAACCGCACACGCAUCGAAUUUCGACCUAUCCGCCUUGAACACCGUACUCGAAUAUACAACUGCCGUGUCGUACAGCCUCGCGUUGCGUCGUCCAGCUUCCUUCGUCUGCUCGUCCCCCUCGUCGUCGUCGUCGCACCAGCCCACCCCGCCAACGCUGCUGCUGCCGCUGGCCGCCCGUCGGGCCUGGUUUCGCUUCCCGAUCCCACUCGCCUCGUUGCGCAGCCUGAGAAUGGGCAUCGUCAAACGGCCUCCUCCCUAGCUGAGAGUCCUGCGAGGUUUUGCCCUCGCUCGAGUCGUCGAACCCGACCUCCACCCGCUGCCGGCAGCGACACGACGCGAACCAUGAAGGAGUUUCCGAGGAAAUUCCUCAGUCUCCGCGACAAGAAUGGCUCCCAUCGACGCAGCAAGUCGGUCCCGCCCGGUGCCAAGGAAAAGGUACCGAUUCCCUUCCCGCUCGCCCCUUCACAUCGUCGUCCUCGCCCUCGGCCGAGCUGGCACCCGGUGGUGGACGGGGCAGCACGCACCAACCAUCCACUGUCCGCCGAAGCCUUCAGAGCCAUAUUCAAGCUCGACAACUCGAAACAGGCGGCGAAGCUCGAGGCGGAGAGAGAGCUGGAAGAAGCCAAGAUCGUCGAGAUUCACAAACGCCUCGACCUCCUCAAUAUCAACGACGUUUCUUCCGACCACAUCCGGGACAUCAUGGCCACCAAGUUCGCCGAAGGCGACUCGGCGAGGACCGUCGAGUUCAUAGACAUUGAGCAAAAGGCCCAGGCCGGAAUCGUCGUCCCCUACGACCCAGCCACCCACAUGGUGGGCGCCGAGAACCGAGAGAGCGUCACCUGCUACCUCGACGCUCUGCUCUUUGCCAUGUUUGCCAAGCUCGAUGCCUUCGAGUGCAUGCUCAAGAACGACUUCGCCUUGGACGAUCCGCGGUACAAGCUCGUCAACCUCCUCCUCAUAUGGGUCAACAUGCUGCGGUCGGGGAAGCUGAUCCGCACCGACUUGACCAAGCUGAUGCAGGAUGCACUGGCCGAUUGCGGGUGGUCGGAUGCUCGCCAGCUCGAGCAGCAGGAUACUUCGGAAGCCUUUGCUUUCCUCACCGAGACGCUGCAGCUUCCUCUGCUGUCCCUGCAAGUCGAUCUGUUCCACCAGGGCCGCAAGGACAAGGACGACCACAAAGUCGUCUACGAGCGGCUGCUGAACCUCGCCGUCCCGCUCGACCCCGAGGGCAAGGGUGUCAAGCUCGAAGACUGCCUCGAAGAGUACUUCAAUGCCCGCGUGGACGUGCUUCGGGAUAGCGACGAGGCCAAGAAGGCGAGUCUGGACGACCGAAAGGCAGAUGACCGCCCCGCACUUGUCCAGCAGACAACCAUCCGCCUCAUCAGGAGCGAGGUGGGUGCCCCGUCAAGUCCCGUCGUGACCUCUCCCACCGGCCUGUCGACAUCGGCGAAGCUCCGGGGAGAACCGACGGAGCGCUUUGACUCGCCGUCCUCAUGCCAGCCUGUCGAGACGAAUGGCGCUUCUGGAAAGGGCGAUGCCAUCGAUGACGUUGUCUGCGAGGAAGGCGGCGCGUCCCAACAACGCCCUCCAGCAAGGCACAGGUCCACCAGCGUCAUCCAGCGGAUCCUCAUCGACGAACAGGGGCGGCCUUCCCAUGAAGGCACGACGUUCAGCAAGUCCGGACGCAAGGGUUCCACUGUCGUGAAAGCGGUCACGAUACCUGCCUGGCAGUUCUUUCGCCUCAUCCGUAAGUUCUUCCCUGCAUGGACUGGUCGCCGAGGGCCCCGACGGUGGCUAACGCACCGAGAAGCGUGGCACGCUCUCACCUCGAAUGAACCUCGGAACGAUGUCGAGGUUGCCAUGAACUUUGACCAGAGACCCAUCGUUGGCAUCUGCCUCAAGCGUUACGCCAUGACCGAGUCGGGACAGCCGCGGCGUCUCAACACAUUCAUCGACAUCCCCGACAGCUUGCGCUUGCCUCACUUCAUGCUUGCCGGUGGCCCGGCGACGCAAGAGGAGGCUGGACUGAGCACGGAGUAUAAGCUUGUACUGCAGUCCGUAGUCUGCCACCGCGGCGAUUCCCUCCAAAGCGGCCACUACAUCGCCUUCGCCAGGGUGGCGCCGAAGCUUCUGACUGGCAAUCGCCGGCACGAUUUCGAUCCUCCACCGGAUUAUGAAGAGGCCCGAUGGGUUCUGUUCGACGACCUCGAAACGGAGAACCGCGUCACUUACGUCGAUGACAUCAGGAAGUCUCUGAGAAGCGAGAUGCCGUACUUGUUGUUCUAUCAGGUCGUCCCCAUGGUCGAUCUGGAAUGCCCCUCGACGGGAGACACGGAGACGGAACCGCCUUCGUAUAUAGAGUCGAAAUCCGGCGGCGAGAUGAUGUCUUCGAGACCAGCCGUCGACGUGGACCUGCCCGGUGGCGGAAAGUUCGACGACGGGAACGGAGAAGAUGGGGCCAAGGCGGAGGCGGCCCCAUGGAGCCAGCCGCCUAGCAUCAGGCUCUCCUCGGAGACGGGCACUCCGCUGAGGAUGAACGUCGAGAAGCCCUUGGCCGGCGGCUCGUACGCGGGCUCCACACCCGGAGGCUCCCGUCGCCAAAGCAUAGUCUUCACCGACUCGGGAGCGGCGACUCCCAUCAUCACACCCGACGCCGACUCGCCCGUGAUGGUCCCGGUGGAUGAGACUACGGUGUCUAGGCUUUCCCGAGCUGCGUCUCGCUUCGCGCUGCGACAGAGUCGUCCGGCCAGCCAGCCAGGCGAGGGCCGGCCCAGCUUCUCCAUGACUCGCCUGGGGGGGCUCAUGAAGGCGAGCAGGGAGCCGUUGGCCGACACCAGUAGCCUGAACAUCUCGACAACCACCUCGAACGUCCCGCUCGGCUCCGACGCGUCCAACAAGCCUCCCGACUCACCUGUCGACGGCUAUAAGCCGCCGGGCUCGGUCAACAGCACAUCGACGAAGCACAAGAGCCACAGGUCCAAGGACAAAGCGGCGAAGCAGAAAUCUCCCGGCAAUCAGCCCGAGCGCGAGUGCUCCGUCAUGUGA